AUGCUCCGACCGACAUAUAUCCAUUUCUCUCCCUCUCUCACCACCCUCACUCCUCGAUUGACACCGUCCCCUACUCGCCUCCUGAUCCAGAGUCGUUCGACCUCAUAUCCACUCUACGCCCGCAGCCACCGAUUCCAGUCCACCGCACACACCCCUUACUCUACACCCCCUCCGCAACCAAAACAGUCGCGUAUCCGCCGCGUCGCAGGCUUCGUGUCAAUCGCCGUCUUAGCCUUCACAGCAGGCCUAACCUUUACAUCCUUCCGCACCGUCUCCAAAAUCAUGGCCGAACCCAUCAUCUCCGACGAGCAGACUCUGUCUGCCUUUACGCCAGUCGAUGAAGUCGCGCAAAAGAUCGACACAACCCUCCAAAACCACCCGGACGCCCUCGCGCUCCGCGCAAACCCCGACUUCAAAGAAUCGCGUCCCCACCUCAAGAUCCCCGAGGGUAUGCGCGCCCGCAGUCUGACUGCAGGUACACUGGCAGGUCCCAACAAGAUCGUCGUGCCCCCGUACGUGUUCAGCGAGCGCGACGGCAAGAGCCUCGUGUCGCUUAUGUACCUUGGCUCGGAGAUCUGUGGACACCCGGGGAUUAUUCACGGUGGCUUGCUAGCGACGCUUUUGGAUGAAGGGUUGGCGCGGUGUUGUUUCCCUGCGCUUCCCAAUAAGGUCGGUGUUACUGCUAAUUUGAAUAUUGAUUACCGGGCGCCGGCUAUGGCGGAUUCGUAUGUGGCGUUGCGGGCGGAGACUGUUAAGGUUGAAGGACGGAAGGCGUGGGUUGAAGGACGGAUUGAGACUCUUCCGCUUGAUGGAAGUGACCCUGUUGUCUUGGUUCAGGCUAAGGCCUUGUUCAUUGAGCCUAAGCAGGCGGCGGUAAGUGCUACCUAG